GGGAUGAGACGCACUAUCAGGUGACCCUAUUCUGCUCCGAUUAGGGUCACCUGGGAUUUGGGAACAUAAAACUUAAAAUGUUCUCCUGCUACUAGUUCUUCUUGCUGGCAUCACAUUUACACCUGGUCUGCGACUGCCAUCAUGAUCGCGCUGUUACUGGUAGCUCCCUGCUUAUUUCUCGGUGUCAGCUACGCGCAAUUCACUUACCCUGCACAACUAUACUCGCCCCUCAUUCAACAAAAGAUCCUCAAGGUCGCUCAAUCUGAGCCCAACCCGGCUCAAUAUCCUCAGUACACAGACAGAGUGGAAGGAAUCUGGCAAUACUUCGCACCAGACACUUGGACAACAGGGUUCUUCCCGGCUACUUUGUAUGAGCUUAAUACUCGUGCGCAGUUAUGUGGUCUUCGCAAUCAGCCAGACUGGGUCACCAUGGCACGUCAGUGGAGCGCAGCUGAGGUCCCCCUGGAGCAGAAUUCGACUGUUGGACAUGACGUCGGCUUCUUAAGCUUUCCGUUUGUGCAUGAGCUCGCAAUUGACCCUUCAAAUCAAUCAGCCAUUGAAGCUGUCAAUCAAUUUGCAACUGCUCUGGCUGCACGUUUCAACCCUGUAGUUGGUUGUACUCGUAGCUGGGAUACAGCUGACCCAACUGACUUUGAGGUCAUUAUCGACAACAUGAUGAAUCUUGAAGUGUUAUUUGUCUCUGAAUCACUUACUAAUAACCACACUCUACGUGAUAUUGCUAUAUCUCAUGCAAACAAAACGAUGGAGAAUCAUGUCCGUCCGGAUGGUUCUUCAUUUCACGUCGUUGAAUAUAAUGCUACCACUGGAGAUGUAAUAUGGCGAGGAACAGCUCAAGGUUAUGCUAACAAUAGCACUUGGACCCGCGGGCAAGCCUGGGGCGUAUAUGGAUUUGCCAACAUGUUCAAUCACACGGGAGAUAUGAAUUAUCUCGAGACCUCACGCAGGAUGGCGACCUAUUUCUUAAACAACUUGCCUGAAAAUGGUAUCACGCCUUGGGAUUUCGACGCUCCUCUGGUACCUCCUCGGCCUGCGGACUCUUCUGCAGCAGCCAUCGUAGCGACUGGGCUACUUCUAUUAUCAAGACAAGAAGCAUCACUGAAACCUUCCAAUACAACAGGAGCUGAUCUAUGGGCCAGCGCAGCGCUGAAGAUCCUCUCCGACACGACUAAUUUAGCCUGGCAGCCAGCGUGGCAAAGCUUACUUGCCAAUGGUACUGUUAAUAACCACUACCCCUCUGCGAACAAUCUCACCGGCAUAGUAUACGGCGACUACUAUUAUAUCAAGGCUGGAAACGAUCUAGUUACGAUGGGCCUGUCAAGCUGUUGAUGCUCGGAACCCAUCAGCCACUUAUCUAUAUUUCUGGCCGGUCGGUCAAUAGCCCCUGAUGGCACAGUUGCAAAACUUCCUGUUAUAUAGUGUACCAUUGCAGCGUAGUUUAGAUUUCGGUCUACUGCGCCUAUCGUAUCAACUAACUUUGGAGAAAGAUGAGAAAAAU